AUGGUCUUGUGGGUGAGAAAAGUCAAACCCACGGCCGUCAUGAUGAAUGGCAUUAAUCAAAGUUUGAACACUCAUAGAGCCAAAUAUCCUUUGAGAAGAGUGGAAGUGAAAACCUUUACCAUACUGACAGGAACUCAAUCUAAGAUUACGGAUCAUCUGUUUCAAGGUCAGAUGCCUAAACGUCUCAUUUUAGGCUUUGUGGAAAAUGCGGCUUUUAACGGAGAUAAAACUAAAAAUCCGUUUCAUUUUCAAAACUUUGGAAUUAAGAAAUUAGAUGUCAGUAUCAACGGAGAGACCAUGAGUACUCGUUGUUUUGAGCCCAAUUUCAAUGAAGAUUUAUAUCUGAGAUCUUAUCUGAGUCUAUAUCAAGCCUUGGGAAAAUUAGGAGAAGAUUGGGCUCCGGACAUCACCCUAGAAGAGUAUAAAAACGGAUACACUCUGUGGGGCUGGGAUUUCACUAAAGAUCAAGAAGCGCAAUCGGACAAAUUCCACAUCAUAGAAACCGGAAAUCUGAGAAUAGAAGUCCAAUUUACGAACAAUACGGUGAACACCUUAAAUUGUGUGGUGUAUGCAGAAUUCGAUAACCUGUUAGAAAUUGACAAACAGAGAGAAGUGAGUAUUGAUUACUAA